AUGAGACCGCUACUGUUGCGGCCGAAAUUGAAGAAUAUCGGGCUGUUUUUCCAGCAGCAACUGAUUCUCAUAGAGCAAACGGGGGAUGAGGCCGCAUUGAAGCAGGCUCUAGUGCUGAAAAAAUUGAUGUUAGACAUGUACCUCGGUCUCAUCAACAUGAACGAUGAUAUCUCAUACGCUGAUUGGGCGGGACAUAUGAUGGUGGCGAUUACCAGAUGUGCAGGGAUGGUGAUGCGCAUGAAUCUCAUGAAGCACACGUUUGAACUGAUCUUCUCCCUGUACAGUUACUUGACGCCGCUGAGCCCGCAGAAGAAGCUGCAAAAGUACCGGAUCAAGUACAAUGAUGGGAAGAUUACCUACAAAGACCUGUACGACAUUUCGGUGGAAUUCAGCAACUCGUGGGGCACAUUGAACGAGCUGUUCAAUAUGAGGAAGGAAACGAUGACGGUGGAAGAGGUCAUGGAGUCUGUUAUGAGAAUGGAUAUACAGAAAAUCAAUCCCAACAUGUCUCCUGUGUUGAAACGUCAUGGGUCCGAGAAUGCUCUUCUUCGAGAGACCCAAAUGUUCAUAGUGGAGCAUUUGUGGAGAGGAGCACGUAUCUCGUACUACCGGCUCAAGAGUGGAGGAUUUGAGACGUACGAUUUCGACGUGCUGUUCCAGAACAGUGAGCCGCCUUUACCGGACUCUGUCUUCAACCAUCUUCUUCUAAAGUACGAAAAUGUGUGUGGAUGGUUACCUGUGGGGGAUAUUGGAUUGUUUUCCGACGAGCAGAUUGGGUCAAGUGAGGAGCGCCUCUUGGCCAACUUGAACACUCUGUAUCAUCACAUUGGAGCUUCCGCAACUUAUCCUGUUAGAUGGAGUGUCGACGAGACAGAGGACGGCAUACAGGUGACAAACACAGCCAAAUACAAGGGCACGAGACAAGUAACACCCAAGAUAAUCAGCCCUGGAAAGAUGGUAAUUGAUGGCUCUGUAUUGACAUACAAGUGUCCGAUACCGAGUCCAAACGAGCGGGAAUUCCCCACCGUUGCCAUGGACUAUGUUGGAGAGAUUAUGGAGAAACACCGGGUCCAUGACAUCAGCGAUUUGGUUGAAUUUUACGUGCCUCAGGCAGAAAAGCCUCUGUAUAACAGCAGCGAGUUUGAGCAUUGGCUGGAACGAGCUUCCAAUUAUUACUCAUACGGAAACAGCGACUACACAACUCUUUUGGACAAGGGUUUCUUCAUGUUGAAACAUGUGAAGGAUGGAGUGUUCAUUAGACCUGCUGAGGAGCCUGACGACUUGAUGAGCCAUAUCAAGGGUCUCCAGAACCUCAAGGAGUUCCACUUCUUCAAGGGAUUGUUUGACAAACCGUCUGGUGACACUAGUGGAGGGUUGUUCACCCAGGCUUGCAUCGACUACUGUAACAAGUUUGACCCCAUUUACCCCCGGAAUGGAGAUGAUUGGGUAACAUGGAAUGUAAGCUGGGAGAAGAAUACGCCAUGUAUCAUCAACGACAAGCGGCUGUUUGUGAGCGAGCCGACCUCAGAAGACAAGUCUAUUGUAUAUCAGGGCAGACAUUAUCGUGUGACUGGUGUGGGAACUGUCUGUUAUGCGUACACGCAUAAAGGUGAGCCCCUGGUGGUUACUGCCCAGUACUGUGAGAAGAUUGACGCCAACCAGCUGCCGAAGGAGUGCUUCAUGAACAUCCAGGAGGGAUUUCAUCGAAACCAAGAUACCUUGGUCAUCAAGUUGCCUGUUCUUUCCUUGUCUCCCAAACUGAGCUGGAGAGGUCAUGAGAUUGUUAACUUUGACGUCUCCUAUUGGCACAAGCAGCUGGGCCACUUGAAUUUGAAGGGACUCAAAAAAUACAUACCUGUGAUCAAGGGCAUGCCUCCGUUGUUGUGGCCGUUUAGAAUCAGAUGUGAGGAGUGUUAUGGGAGAGAUGAACCCAAGAUGGACAGCUGUGGGGGGUGUCACAGUCACAAAGAAGAGGGAGAGGGAGAGGGGGGGCAGGAGGGACGAUGUGCUUAUGGGGACACGUAA